AUGGCUGCAACUAAUGCUUCAAUCUUUGCUUCUCCCACGCAACCAUGCUUGAAUGUGCCUCCUACCAUUUCAAACACGCUUUCUAGUCCUUUUCUCAAUGUGUCCUUAUCAAAAAGUUACCCUGUGAAGAAAAAGCAUAUGAAAAUUAGCAAAAAGAUCAAUGUUGCUGCUGUAACAACAACAACAACAACAACUGAGGAAAUUCAAGAGUACAAGCUUACUUCAUGGGCUCAGUUUGAAAUUGGGAGGGCUCCUGUCCAUUGGAAAACAAUGAAUGGCUUCCCUCCAACGUCAGGAGAAAAGCUAAAACUUUUGUAUAAUCCAGCAGCAACUCAACUUGUCCCCAAUGAAGAAUUUGGAAUUGCUUUUAAUGGAGGUUUUAAUCAGCCAAUUAUGUGUGGUGGUGAGCCAAGGGCUAUGCUUAGAAGAAAUCGAGGCAAAGCUGAUGGCCCGUUAUUUACCAUUCAGAUAUGCAUUCCUAAGCAUGCUCUGAACUUGAUCUUCUCAUUUACAAAUGGAGUAGACUGGGAUGGCCCAUAUAGACUGCAAUUUGAAGUUCCCAAGGCUUUAAAGAACAAGCCAAUUGAGUUCUUUAAUAAGGGCUUGGCAGAUGAACUGGGUCAAGAAGGAGCAUGUGAGCAGGCAAUAUUUCCAGACACAAAGAAAGUUAUAACCAGAUGUGCUAUGAUUGGUAAUUUGUCAAAAGAAGGGGGUGAUCGCUGCGAUCUGAAUCUUGUUUUAGGGUGUACAGAUCCUAGUUCUCACCUGUACAACCCACUAGCCAAUGUAGAUGAUGGAACAUGUCCAAUUGAUUUGGAUUCUGAAUCUGAGGAAUAG